CAGGACUGAACUGGCUGAAGUCGCUUUGCUCGGAUCCGCGAAGCCCGAAACCCGAAACCCGCUCGUCGCUGCCCGCGGCUUUGAUUUCAGCCGAUCGCGCUACGUCCUUCUGUUGAACGCGGAAGGGUCAGAACCCGCAAAUCGAGGCUUGCGGCCAUAUUCGAUUUAUUUUUAUGACCGCAACAUCUUUUAAAAUAACAGGAACAGGAAUAACAAGGACAAAUACUGUGAAAUGCAAAAUUGCAUUUAGAGCGGCUGUGUGUAAAAAUGAAAUGAAACAAAAAAAGGACAUCGUGAGGGAAACAAAUAUUUUCUUUGGCUUCAGAAAUUAUUUCAACCACUGCAGAUUUUUCUAAAACGUUGCAGCGUUUGUAAGGACAUUUAUUUUUGUUUUUGAAACUGGAGGCGUCACUGGUCAGAAAUACGUCCUUCAAAAUAAAUGCGUCGGGAGAAGACAAUUUAUCAAGCACAUAGACUGAAUAUAAAGAUCAAGUAUCGUCUAAGAAAAAAAACACAACAUACGUUAUCUUCGUUAUUACGCAUGAAUGAGUCAGACAUGGACACUGGGACAUGCACUGAAGGCGGCACUGGACCGGUAAUAGAUUUAUAACCUGUUUCAUAAUAGUUAAAACCUGGGUUUUUUAAUCUGCUGCCGGUAAUUUAUUAAUAGGCAAAUAAUUCCCCAAGAGAAACAACAACCUUACAACUGCCGUGAAUUUAUAACAUGCAUGCAUUGCUAGGGUCCCGCAACACUCGCUCUCGUGUGUCCCCCGAGAGACCUUUAUUGUGAAAAGGUUUUGUUUUUCUACCGACUCAAACCGGAAAUGUGCUCCGAUUUGACCGUGGAAGAAGAAGAGAAGAAGAAGAAGAAGGAGAAGAAGAAGAGAAGAAGAAGAACAGCGGCGGCGCUGGACCUCUGAAUCGUGAACUGUGAAGAUAGAGAGGGUGUUGUUCCCUGGUUCCAGACCUGGAUCCUGGUCUGGCUCCAGUCCUGGAUGCAGGGCGUCAGGCCGGUGGUGGAGGUUGUCCGUCUGGGCCUGGUCACCUACCAGGAGGCUCUGCGGCUGCAGCAGGUCUAUGUGAACCGGCACAAGUCUGGUCCGGCUCACACACUGCUGCUUUGUCAGCACCCACCAGUCUACACUACCGGCAUCCGCCAUAAACCCUACGCCGCCCCCCUGCUGGACGGACUCCGCCUGCUUGGGGCCGACGUCCACCAAACCAACCGAGGAGGACUCAUCACUUUCCACGGGCCGGGGCAGCUGGUCUGCUACCCGGUCCUGAACCUGGGCAGCUUCAAGAAGAGUGUUCGUUGGUACGUUUGCGAGCUGGAGAAAACCAUCAUGUCGGUCUGCAGCAGUUUUGGUAUCGAAGCCUCGACGUCUCCUCACACUGGAGUUUGGGUCGGAGACAACAAAAUCUGUGCCAUCGGAAUCCACUGCGGUCGAUACAUCACGUCUCACGGUUUGGCUCUGAACUGUAACACAGACAUGUCGUGGUUCAGCCACAUCGUACCGUGUGGUAUUGAAGGUAAAGGGGUGACGUCGCUGAGCGCCGAGCUGCAGAGAGACGUCAGCGUGGAGGAAACCAUCCCUCACCUGCUGGACGCCUUCAGAGACCAGUUCAACUGUCAGCUGACUGAUGGACAAACACCUGAACCUGUAGAGGACAGCGGAGGAUCAUCAGCGUAGAGACUGACCCGAACUGACUUUGUAUACCUAAAUACGACAAUCUGUUGGAAUAUGUUCAUCAGUUUCAUCUGUUUGUUGAGCACUGAAAGAGGUCCAGGGUUUGUUUUUCCACAUCUGUGACUUACAGGACAUGUCAAAAGCCCUUAAACCCCUUUAAAAUUUACCAAUUACCUGUAAAAGCAGCUCUGAAUUUGUACCUUGAAAUGGCCUUAAUUUUCCAUUGGACGGUCCGAUUCAGCGUUGGCUUUGUAACUUGGUAAAUAUUACAGGGUUGAACCCAAAUUUGGGGUUAAUUAUUGAAUAAUUAUUUGGUUCUAAUAAAUGAGUUUUCUUCACUUAUUGGUUUUCAAGGUGUAAAACACAUGUUGAAUUUACCAAAUAGUAUUAAAGCCAUCCCAGAAUUUUCACCUCAAUAAAAAAUAUCUAAACAUGUUUAAUAUAGAAAUGAAUGGAGAUGAAGGGUCCUUCAUGUCAUUUAAAAGCCAAUAUUAAGGCUUUUUUUUUACCCCUUAAAUUGUGCUGAUAAACACAAAAUAAAAAUAGCUUACAAUCCAUUAAUAAUACAUUAAGCAUCCUCUUAAACUCCCACUGAAAUACGAUCAUUGAAUCAAUAUUAAUGGGUGGAUGAAUAGUAUUUUAAGGUGAGGAUAACAAAUAGCUCCAACACUAACUGCUGCUAAAACCCCAAUGUCUUAUUUUUACAUUUCUAUUUCUACACCUGUUCAAUAAACAACAUACAACCCGG